AUGACUUUGACAUUUCGUAAUAGGAAAAUGACAUGUUGCGUUACUGCGCUCUCUUUUCCCCUCAACGAUAUGAUGACGCGUACCAAGCGAAAAGCGUUGCCGAAAGCAACAAAGCCGGCAAAAGCACAGCUGGCCACACAUGCAGCAACAUUGCGUAGCGCGGCGCAACGUAGCGCUGUCGAUGCUGUUGCGGCCGCCGCUGCCGCCGCAGCCAUUGCAGCGAGCGAGGUGGCAAAGACAAAUUCGGCCGACUUCAGCGCGUUCGAUUUCAAUGAUAGCUCUGAUAACUCCGAUAUACAAACCCGUCCGCCUUCCUACCUUAGUCGCGCGAACUUGCACAAUAACUUAAGUGGUGGCGUUGGCGGCGGUGGUGGUACUAAUAACAACAACAGUAUUAGCAACUGCAAUAGCAACAGUAACAGUAACCACAACACCAGUAGUAGAUUAAAUAGCAGUAAUAAUUUAAUAAACAAUGAUCGGUGCAACGCAGAUCUGCUGGGCGAAAGCAACGGGCGUGGCGCGAAUGAAGCGCACAUGCACAACGGCGACGCAAUGGAGCAAGACGAUGAGGAGGAAGAAGAAGGGGAACAAGCGGAAGAAAACGCCGCUAGUGUUAAUAAAAAUCCAAGCGACACGGUAGAGAAUGUUGCUGAGACGGAAGGAGAAGAAGAGAGUGAGACUGCGGCAGAGGUUUUGCCUCCUCCACCCACAAAAGCACAGGGAAAGGCAGAUGGGGAUGAUGAAGAGGACGACGACGACGACGACGACGAUGAAGAGGACGAGGAGGAGGAGCAAGCUCAUAAUUCAAGCGUGUCACAAAAACAAACACUGGCGAUGAACGCACAAGGCUGUGCGGCUGCAGAUAAUGAUAGGUUUCGCGAUAGCUCGGACGUGGGCACAGCGGGGACAACGGAGAAUGAGAGCCGUGUGAGCAAUGCGUGUACUACAAAUGGCGAUGAUAACGCACGCAACAAUAACAACAACAGCAAUAGCAAUCAUAGUCAGAAUAUCAGCGCGUCACAACACGAGGCCAGCAACAACAACAACCUAAACAGUAACAACAACAACGGCAUCGAUGAUGACAAUAGCAGCAACAACAGCAGCAGCAGCAGUAGUGAGGAGGACGAAGAUGAUGAGAUGGUCUGCCAUGGCAUGCGCGCGCUAGACGGCAUGGGUGUGGGUGAUGCACAUCGCUUAGCAGUCAACAGCAGUAGCAACAACAAUAAUAAUAAAAACAAUAGCAGCAACAACAACAACACAGCGGAUGACUUGUUGAUGGCAGCGAUAGCGAAUGCAAGUGCCAAUGGUCUCAACAACACCAAUGAUGCUGGUGGCACCUCGGGCGGUCUCUGCAACAACACCCCAACGGAGUCACAGUCGCAGAAUCAAAGCGCCGCCGAUGUUGGUGCGCUUUUUGAAGGCGCUUUAGGUGCGAACAAUUGCAGCAGUAACAACAAUUGCAAUGAGCUGCCGCGCAGUAGUAGUGCAAGUCUGAGCAAUAAUAGCUCUUCAACAGCAGCGCUGGGUGCUGGCAGUGGUGGCAGUGGUGGCAGCGCCGGCGGAGGCAAUGUUUUACAUAAUGGUGCGAACAGCAUCGCGGGUGGCGGUGGACUCAGCGGCCUCGGCGGUCUUGGCAGUAGUGGUUUCGAGGGCGCCGGUAAUGCUAGCAUGUGUGGUAGUGGCGGUGGACUUGGUGGUAGUAGUGGCAUUAGCGGUAUCGCUGCCGCUUUGGCUGGUGAGAGCAUGUGCGGAGGUGCGCCCAGUGAGGCGGGCAGUGCGGCUGGCACAACAGGCUCUGCACAGAGUGAGCGCAAAAAAUAUCGUCAUCAAAAUUAUAGUAAAAACAUUUACAUUGGAACCAAGAACGCCGAGAAGUGGGAGCUCACACGAACGCGCUUGCAAUUUAAGAACGAUGUGGAGUUCGUGACGUACUUGCUGAAUUUGGCCGAUAACGAUACGGAGCGGUUGGCGAACUUACCACCACCCUCAGCGCCAACCACGCCCACCAAGAGCUUCGCCAACAACUUCAAACUGGAACCCAACCUCAGCGUCAAGGAAUUCGGCAAAAGCCAAACGGAGAAUAGCAGCGAGGCCACACCCGCACCGACACGUAGGAAAUACAAAAAGCGUGUGCAGUUCAGCGAUGCACUCAAUGGCUUAUCGAAAAUGAAAGACUUUUCGAAUUUCUCUGCCAAAGCCAAGAAACACGAUCAGAAAAUGAAGAAUGCAGCAAAUGCGAGUGGCGCUACCAGCGACACCCUGCCCGAGGUAUUGGACUGUCGCAUAGCGGAGAAGAUCAAGAGUGAAUUGGAAGAAAAGUGUGCAACCAAAGUGCCGGCACAUCCGAAGGUAUUAUGUCUUAAGAAACCAGGAGAAUUGGGUGAGGAUAUGGAGCAGGAGAACACUGAUGAUGAGGCGGAUGAAGAUGCAGAAACGGAGACGGAGACGGGCGGUGUAGCUGCUAGUGAAUCGGCAAAUGUCGCAGCACUCGCCGCUAGCGUUGCAGGCAGCAUUGGCGAUGUGGUCGAUGCUAAUAGCAUUGGCGUGGGGACAAACGCCAUGCCAACUUCAACCGCCUCGCUCAAUGCACCGCCAAAUGGUGGUAAUUUCCGUGCGCGUGUGAAAGGCAAACGCGGGCCGAAACCCACAACAACGCUGCCCGCAGUCAACAAUGCAUUCAGCAGCCUGGGCACCAGCAUUGCCGAUGAUGAAGAAGACGAGCUCGACGCAGGCACCGAUGACGAUGAUGAAGAUGAGGAAAUGGAUGAGGAGGCGUUGGCGCGCGAAAUGAAAAAUGAACAAAACUUCGUGGAAGAGGAAGACGAACACGAUAUUGCCUUUCGUUCGCAGCAAUCGUGCCGCGAAUGCUCAAUUGCGCACGAUUAUAAAAUUUGUCCGCUACGCACAGCAAUCGGCACCAUUACUGAUGCUGUGGAUCUUACCGAAUGGAUUGAACGUAAGAAUCUAGAAGCGUUGGCUAAACUGAAACACGAUGCACAGCGGCAGGCGAAGCACCAUCACGAUCCCGACGAUGAGGAUAUGGAUGAGACAUCACAAAUGUCUGAACUUGAAACCAAGCCGCUAAUAACAUUUGCUGAAGCUUCAGUGCCAGCCGAAUUCGAGCUGCAUAAUGUGGAGCCGAAUGUGACGGGUGUUUUUGCGCGUACCGAGGUACGUGCAUACACAAAGCUCGGCCCCCUGAUCGGCCAACCUGUACAGACUAGCGAAGUGCGUGAGGGCAGCGAUAUGAAAUGGAUCUUUGAAAUCUGCGAGGCAGGCGCGGAGUUGUCUCAACUGUUGUCUUGCGACAAUCCGAACACUUCCAAUUGGCUACGUUACAUAAGACCGGCGCCCAACUAUGAUGAACGCAAUGUGAACUUGGUCUCGAUCGAACGUCAGGCGUUCUUUGUCACCUGUCGCGAUGUGAAGAAUGGCAUGGAGUUACUCUACUGGAGCGAUGAUUGCAAUACAAUGUGGCGUAAGAAGCAUACGGAGAAGACGAAUUGUGGCGGCUGCAAUUUACGCUUCGACCAUCCACUCUACUAUCGCACGCAUUGCUCGAUUUUCCACGAUCCCUCAAUGAGUCUCACCAUACGCAAGUACCAUUGCAAGGUGUGCGGCGAGGCGGUGCUCGGCAAGGACAACAUCAUGAAGCAUGCGGCUGAGAAGCACGAGGGCAAAGGUGCUUACCAAUGCCAAUUUUGCAACAAGUUCUUCCUGCGACUCAACUACUUGGAAAUGCAUCGCACCUACGGCUGUGCGGCCAAUCCGAAUCGUGCACGUCCACUUUGUGAUUUUUGUGGUCGUAAAUUUUGUCAACCGCAAAAGCUCAAGGCUCACAUCAAGCGCAUGCAUAGUGGAUCACGCGCCGCAUUGCAGCGUCAUUCCAAGGAGGUGCAUAGUCGCAACUCGACUGUGGUCAGCUGUCCACGAUGUCAGAAGCUCUUCCAGAAUCGCAGUAAUUUGAAAAUACACAUGCUCACUCACUCGGGCGUCAGACCGUUCAAAUGCUCGGAGAUUGAGUGUAAUGCAGCUUUCACCACGAAGCAAUGCCUACAAUUCCAUUACAAGAAAGUGCACAAUUAUUCACAAGAACAGAUGCCGAAGAUCGAGCGCAGCGUCGCGUAUACAUUUGAUGCAUAUUCGGGCGGCAUGAAGGUAGACUUUUUGGAACAAGCACCGCGCCGACGACGCAAGAGCUUGGAGGAUCAAAAUUCGCGUUUGAGUUCGAGCAUGCAGAGCGACACCGAAUUCUCGGACGACAACAUCUUCGAAGCCAUUAAAAAAUCUGGCAAAUCCAUUAAAGAUCUUUGCCGCAAUGAGCCCAAUCUUUCGUUACUCUCAUCAAAGAUCUCGAGCAUAUUUGGCGAAAAAGUUGUAGGCAGCCGCAAACGUAAGAAAAAGAAAGAAGCACCAACACCCAACAAUAUGAAUUUGAUGAGCGCUGUUGCUGGCGCUGGUGGACUGGGUGGUGGUGUAGGCACCACUGAGGAUGAUGAUGAAGAUGAACAUAUGGAGCAAGUGCGGCGCAAGCAGGCGAACGCCCAAUUGAGUUUGGUUGAGUCAUUUUUAACUACGACCGCACAACGGCUCACUGCGCAGCAACAGGUGCAACAAGUGGUCGCUGCGGCGGCUGCAGUAUCGGCUAUGGCUGGCGCUGGUGCAGCUGUAGCUGCAGAGGAUCCCAGCAAAAUGCAUAUGAUGAGCGGUUUGAAUAACCAACAUCAUGCCAUGGCUAUGAGUGGGCACGCAGUGGCAGGUAUGCUCAACGACGACGAGGACGAGGAUGAUGAUGAGGACGAGAAUGGGCCAGAUGAUGUGCAUGAUGGCGGGCAAAGUGAACAACAUGACGACAAUAACAGUUACCGUCACCAUGCCGGCAUGAACGCGUUGGGACAGAAUUUGGUUGUGAGUAAGGGCAGUAAGAAAUGGAUAAGUGGUGAUGAUCGGCAGCUCGCACGCGAUUGUAUGAAUUCCGUCGAACGUUGUGGUAUGGGUGGUGGUGGCGUUGGUAUCGGCGAUGGUGGUGGUGGUGCCGGUGUUGGUGGAAUUGGUGUCGGUAUGGGCAAUAAUGGCGGUACCGGAGUAGGUGCAGAUGCCGCUAUCGCUGCUGCAAUGGGCGGAGCUGCAGCUGUGGCGGCCGCCUGUAGCAUGGCCGGCAAUGGAGGUGGUGUUGGCGUGGGUGUGGGUAACGAAAUGAGCAUGCCGCCAUUCGCAGUGCCACCAAGCUCAGUUGACGAUGCGAGCAAAUUAAUUGGACACAAUCGUGACUUCUUAGCGCGUUUAAUGAACUCGGCUAAUGCAGGUCACGCGCAUCAUAAUCGCGGCGAAGAAGAUGAAAAUUCUUCUUUUCUUGAUGUGGUCGAGUCCAAUAACAAUAAUAAUAAUAAUCAAAUGCAGCAAUAUCAUCACAAUAAUAGCAGUGGCGGUGGCGUAGUCGGAAAUGUUGGGGCUCCAGGACUCGCCAACACCGGCAAUACCAAUCCAAAUACUAUGGGCAACGCAGGCGCUAACAGCACACCCAGUCAUCAAACGGAGGAUGCCCAGCUGCAAAUGAAUUCCUUGGCGCAUUCGCAGUCCUUCAUGAGUUCGUUCUACAACAACGCAAACGCAAGACUGAGCGGCGCGGGCAAUGCCUCGACUUCGGCAAGCAUGCUCGUGGAGGCAGCGUUAAAUUCGGUGGGAAAUAUGAUUGAUGCGGAACAUAAUGACAUGAAGGUGCCAAACGACUCGAAUAUCAACACCGACAGUCCGAUGAGCGCACACCACGUCGACAACGACGCGAACCGUUUCAAUACAGACACUGCCGCCAAUCAUCACUCUAUCAAUAGCAUUGAUAACCUGGAGAAUGAGCUGAAGAUGAUGAAAAAUCUAAGCAGCUUCCCGAUGCAAAUUCCACCACUGCCAAUGUUCCCGAACUCCGGCAAUAAUAUGACCUCCUGCAACAUAUCGCCAAACGCUUCGACACCGACAAAUCCUCAAAGCAACCAGAACAAUAACGAUGUGGACGUGGAUGCUGGCUCGACACCUCGUCCACAACAUUUGGGCGGUAGUGCUGCCGAAACGGAUGGUUUCUCCUCAGCCCAUCAUCGUACGCCGCCUUCACCUCAACCUAUUUCGCCUGGUCGUGAUUACGGUAUGUUUAGUAAUGCCAAUCCAAACGGAGCUAAUGGCACACCUGGCGGUCCGGGUACAGCAGGCAGCAAUAGUAGUGGCAAUAGCGCUAGCGGUAAUAGUAACAAUAACAUAUCAGCAUCCUCACCUCUGCCCACCAUGCAAGGGCACAGACGUAACGCUUCGAGUGUUGGCAGCGCAUAUCCAGAGCAUGAACUCAUAUCCCCCGCAUCGUCGCCGUCCAUACCGCGCUAUAAUUUCAAUGGCGAAAUGAUGCGACACAAGCGCGCCGAACAUGAAAAUGAACGAAGACAAGCGAUUGGCCACAAUCCGCAUCUCUCCAGCGACGAUGAGAACAGUAUUAUGCCGCAAAAUAGCUCCGGCCAGGACAUGCGUAUGAAAUUCUCCCAAUCACAAAUGGACCUCAUGUACACCAAAUAUGAAAGUAUGGCCGCCAAUGCGGCAAAUCUCAAGUACAACAAUCAAGAGCUCGAUUCGCCGGCAGAAUAUCGUAGCGCUAACAGCAAUGCCACAGCCGCGCCCACCGCCAAUGAUCUCUCCGACUUGCAAGGACUCGACAUGUCACGUUCGAGUGUCAGCGCUACAAAUUAUCAUCACAACUUCCAGCUGCCUGGCAGUACGAGUUCAAAUAUACCUGGCAUUGGUCGCUACCAUCAUCACAUUUACGAUAUUCUCUCCGAGCGGGAACAACAAACGCAACAAGCACAAACACAACAACAACAACAUCAUAGCUCCGCUGUGGCCGCUGCCGCUGCUGUUGCCGCACAACAUCAGCAACAACACGAGCACUCUAGCCAGCUGAGCAUGCAGCAACAUCAAUCGGCCAUGCAUAACAUGCUGCCAGAUCAACUGGGUGAGCAGGAUCAUGAUCAGACGACUUCGGUUGAUUUAAGUCGCACGGCGAAUUAUGUGGUGCCAUCGCCACCACAACUACCCUACAAUCAUCCACAUCAUGAUAUGUUGCGUAUGGCUUCUUUGGAUUUGACGCCGAAUACCAAUAUGUCUGUCGGCAAUAAUCGUUCAUUCCUCUCCUCUCAAAUGCAACAUCAAAGCCGUGAGAGUUUAGAACAUCAUCGCUUGCUAUCUACAGUGGAACAACAUCGUAUAUUGGCUGCGUCUAAUGUAGCUGCUGAUCAACAUCGUCUACUCGUCGAUCCCACCGCUCAUCUAUUAAUGGAGCAAAAUAAUCGACUCUUGGGUAGUGAUCAAUCGCGCCUUCUUGGCGACACUGCACAGAAUAGACACAUGGCGCGUAGUUUUGGCGCUUAUCAUCAGGUGGCCUCUGGCAAUUAUCAUCCUGGCGUUCGGCCCCCAGUAUUACCCUCAGCGAACCAUCAUGCUUCCAAUCCUUCAAAUUAUCAUCCAUUUCCGGCAUAUUACUAAAAGUGUGUGUGAGUUGUAGAGGAGGUUUUAAGUAAUGUCUAUUUCGAAAAUAGAAAUGAAAUUAAGCCUGAGCUUCAUUUUAGGGCUCUUCACCACUAAGGCACUACAUCAUUUGUUGAUGCUCCGUUAAAGAAUAAAAUAUUUUCAGUUUGUUUCAUAGUAUGGCAUUUUGGCGAUAUUUCCGGAGGUGCUGACGCUUACUUCUCUACUAAGAUUAGCUAAGGGAGAAGGUAUUGAUUAAGAGGGCUUCGAUAUACAGUUAUGAAACUUCUUCUGUACUUAGCACAGCGAAGUUUCUUGAUAUCUCAGCCUGUCAGUUCUAGAUAAGACCGGACGCAUUCAAAAGAGGAACUCCAACAUCUCACUCAUGCCUGCCUCCAAGCUCUUCUUGCAUGUGUCAUUGAUAGUAUUUCCUACUCUUCAAUCUGUCUUUGUUUUGUAAAACUGAGUGAGAAAAAAGAAAAAAGUGAGUGUGUUUUCCUUCGCUGAUGCUCUUGAUGGUCUUGAAAUUGUGCAAAGUCUUUAGUGACUAUGGCUUUUCAUAUACGGCUUCGGUGGUCAGAAGGACACUGUCCUUGCUGACUGGAACUUGGAAGACAUACAAUUGCUUCCCAUUUAAGGUAACGGGUAACUAGCUCGGCGUCCUUCCGUUGUUAAACAAAACGAUUCCUUAUUGUUCCUUCUGUUCCAUUUGGCGCGCCAAAAUUGAUUUGGUUAUCUUGUUUAUUAAUACAAAAUACUUUCCAUUUACGCCAAAACCUUCAAUUGAAGUGUUGAGAGCAUUUCAUUGGUAAGGGUAAGAAAGUUGAAUGUAUUUAGGUGUGCUCAUAUCAAAAAUUGAGCAUAACUCAUGGUUCAUAUCCUGUUGCUCAUGAGGCAGCUGAGGCUACUUAGCUGGCAAUCGCAAUUGUUCAAUGAGCCGGAAAGGAAAGAUGUAUAACUUCACUGAUCUCCAGAGAAUUACAUUCUUACAUAUACAUAUGUCUGAAUAUAUAGGCGUUAGAAUGCAGUAACUCAAAUGGCAGGAAACAAUAAGUCACCGGCUAAAGUUGCUCAAGGAUUUACACUCCUCGCGUAAGCAGUAAAAAUUAAGAAGCGGGCAAGACAAGGUUCGAUUUUGUUUUGUUAUAUUAUUUUACGAACAAACCAUGGUAUGAUAAGAAGGAAACUUUUUCAGUAAGUAAAAAUAAAGAACUUUUGAGAUUACGAUUUCGUAUUCCAAAAAAUUAUUCCACUUCUGAGUAUUCGACUAUAAACCUAGUUCGCCAACAUACCUGGCAUACACAUGAUGGCAGCUUAGUGGUUGAUAGGGGCUCACAAUUUUCCACGAAAAUUCCUCAUCAAUAUUCCACUUAUGAAGUUUUAUCUAAAAAGCCCAUUUUUGCACAUAUACAAACAUAUAAAUAUUCACCACUCACACUAGAAUACUGAAGGAUGAUUAAAGGACAUUAAAGGAUUCAACAAGCAAAAAUGUCUAUUGGUUUCGCCACUUAUUGGCCAAGUAAAAGAAGGAAAAAAAAAAAACAAAAAUAAAUUGAAAAUUGAUUGUCAUAAAAUUAUUGUAUAGAAAAAUAGGGAAAGCCCUCGGAAAGUGUAUAGGCUUGAUGAUAAGAAAGAUGAGAACCGAUAAAAAAGCUUUUGGCAAAAAUUAAAAAAAAAAUAUUUAGUGAUUUAA